AUGCAUCAGCUACCACUAAAGAAUUUACAGAUAAAUUUUAGCAUGUUUAGAAAGUUCAGUGGAUAUAGGCCUUUCAUGUACAAUGUCACUGUGGAUUUCUGUGAGUUCAUCCGACAUCCGAAAAGAUCUCCCUGGUUUAGCAUAGUACACAGCGCCAUGUUCAACUUUACCAAUUUGAAUCACAGCUGUCCCUACGAUGUGGGUAUUCUGGUCUAUGUUUUAAUAUCUUUUAAUAUGGUCUUAAAUGAUCAAAUGCUGGAGAAGACUCCCUUUCCUACUGGAUCGUAUAUGUUUCAACUAAUUUUUGGCAAUUCCAAGCCUAAGGGCAUCACACAAAUUAUGACGGAAGUUGUGGAGGUUGAGUGA